AAGGAAACAUUCCACAAAAAAGAAGCAUCAUACCAAAAAGAAGCAUCCCACAAAAAAGAAGCAUCUGACGAAAAAGAAGCAUCCCACGAAAAGGAAGCAUCCCACGAAAAGGAAGCAUCUGACGAAAAAGAAGAAACCCACGAAAAGGAAGCAUCUGACGAAAAAGAAGAAACCCACAAAAAGGAAGCAUCUGAUGAAAAAGAAGAA